AUGAACUUGAAACACCGAGUUAUAAUCGGCGCUCAUGUGUCUGCUGCUGGAGGUAUCGAGAAAGCUGUCCACAACGCCGCUGUUAUCGGUGCCAACGCCUUUGCGCUUUUCGUCAAAUCACAAAGGAAAUGGACUUCUCCGCCCCUUUCCCCAGAUUCCAUUGAAAAGUUCAAAUCACAAAUGAACACACUUGGAUAUUCAUCAUCUCAUGUCCUUCCUCAUGGGAGCUAUCUCAUCAACCUUGGAAAUCCAGACGAAGAGAAGCGAGAAAAAUCAUAUCAGUGUUUCCUAGAUGACCUGCAACGUUGCGAGCUUCUUGGGCUCGAACUUUAUAACUUCCAUCCAGGAUCAACCGUCGGCCAAGCAACAAAAGAAGAGUCCAUAUCUCUUAUAGCAGCUUCUCUCAACAGGGCACAUAAAGCCACUUCGUCAGUCGUGACAGUAAUCGAAAAUAUGGCUGGAGCUGGGAAUAUCAUCGGAUCGCUCUUCGAAGACUUGGCAGGCAUCAUUCGCCAGGUCGAAGACAAGAGUAGAGUUGGUGUUUGUCUUGAUACUUGCCAUAUGUUUGCGGCUGGCUAUGAUAUAUCGACUAAAGAAGGCUGGAACUCGUAUCCUCACCGACUAACUCUGGUAUCAGUAUCAGAUUUCGACACACAUAUCGGCCUAUCCUACCUCAGAGGACUCCACAUGAACGACUCAAAAACACCUCUAGCCUCCAAAAAAGACCGCCACGAAAAUAUAGGGAUGGGCCAUCUCGGUCUUCGUGCAUUCCACCAUAUCGUGACAGAUCCUAGACUGCAGAAUAUUCCUCUGGUCUUGGAAACACCCAGUUUUGAGACGACGGAGAUAUGGACCAAGGAAAUCGAGACCUUCAUGGGCAAGAUGAAUCCGCACUACUGGAAGGACUGA